ACAGGCUCAGCUGAUAUGGUUUAGUUGUUAGCAACUGUGCUAAUCUCGGGGACUCGAGCUGCUUCUGUCUCAGUGGAAAAAUACAGCAGGGAAGUGGUGUAUACCUUGAACCUUUGUCAGAGCCAAACACUUUUUCAAGUGUGGCCGCAUGGUGUCGAGCGCAGCGUCUGGCAACAAGGCGGCUCAGAGAGGGGAACCGUAGCAGCUUUGAUUCUCACUCUGGCUCCGCUCAUGACUUUUUGUUUGUAUAGAAAGCCUGUGGUGCAUCCAUCCGAGAGGAAUACUGAUCACUUUGUUGUUGCUGUAAGCAACUCUCGGGGGAGGGGGCUUUGUGAUGGAGGGGGAAUUCCUGAAAGGAAGCAGCCGUGAAGUGGCUGGUCAAGGCAACAAUCUUGUGAAGAAGACUCAGCUGCUGGACCGUGGCAAGUGGGCAAACAAGUUGGAGUUCCUGCUGGCUGUGGCAGGGACCCUGGUGGGCUUGGGGAAUCUCUGGAGGUUUCCUUAUUUGUGCUACAAAAAUGGGGGAGGGGCAUUUUUGGUUCCAUAUGUUCUCUUUCUUCUGGCGUGUGGUAUCCCAAUGUUCCUCCUGGAGACAGCCAUGGGCCAGUAUACAUCUCAGGGAUGCAUUACAUGCUGGAGGCACUUCUGCCCUUUGUUUGAAGGGAUUGGCUAUGCAACCCAGGUAGUGAUUGCCUAUGCUGCAGUGUCGUACAUCGUCAUCCAGGCCUGGGCUUUCUUCUAUCUCUUCUCAUCCUUCAGUACUGAGAUUCCAUGGGCCAGCUGCAGGAACCCCUGGAACACAGAACAUUGUGUUGAAUUCGACAAACAAAAUGUAUCAACUAAUUGGACCGCAGGUGCAAAUUCGACAACUCCUGCGACGGAAUUCUGGGAGAGACGAGUUCUGGGUAUAUCCAAGGGGAUAGAAGAGAUUGGCAGCCUGAGGUGGGAGCUGGCCUUGUGUCUCUUGUUGGCUUGGAUUCUGUGCUACUUCUGUGUUUGGAAAGGAGUGAGAUCCACUGGAAAGGUAGUUUACUUUACAGCCACUUUCCCUUAUGUAAUGUUGGUUGUUCUGUUGGCUCGUGGACUAACUUUACCCGGUGCCAUGGACGGCAUAAUUUUCUACCUCUAUCCUGACCCGACAAGGUUGGUGGACCCUCAAGUUUGGAUGGAUGCAGGUGCACAAGUCCUGUUCUCUUUUGGGAUUUGUCAAGGAAGUUUGACAGCUCUUGGCAGUUACAACGAGUUUAAUAAUAACUGUUACAAGGACACAUUUGUUCUGUGUUUGGUGAAUGGUGGCUCAAGCUUUGUGGCAGGCUUUGCUAUCUUUUCGGUUUUGGGAUUCAUGUCCUACGAACAAGGAUUGCCAAUACGUGAAGUGGCUGCUUCUGGACCCGGCCUGGCUUUUAUAGCAUAUCCAAGAGCUGUAGCAAUGAUGCCUUUGCCUCAGUUGUGGGCCAUAUGCUUCUUCCUCAUGGUCAUCCUGCUGGGUGCUGAUACACAGUUUGUGAGCUUGGAGUGCCUGAUGACCUCCGUGACAGAUAUGUUCCCGACUAUUUUCCGGAGGGCUUAUCGCCGAGAACUGCUGCUGCUUUGUCUCUGCUCCGUUUGUUUCUUCCUUGGGCUUCUUCUCGUCACUGAGGGGGGCUUGUAUUUCCUUCAGCUUUUUGACCAUUACGUCUGCAGCGGCAACAACCUUCUCCUCCUAUCAGUGUGUCAGUCCAUAGCAAUUGGAUGGAUAUAUGGUGCAGAUCGUCUCUACGACAACAUUGAAGAAAUGAUAGGGUAUCGUCCAUGGCCAUUAAUGAAGAUUUGCUGGCUUUACAUUACCCCUGCUGUUUGUCUGGGUACCUUCGUCUUCUCCUUGGUGAGGUACACGCCUCUCAAAUUCAACAAAACCUACGUCUACCCAACCUGGGCCUACGCUUUGGGCUGGUGCUUGGGACUGUUCUGUGUUCUGCUGGUGCCUCUCUGGAUCCUCUUUAAAGUGACACAGAUGAAAGGCACAGUAUGGCAGAAUCUCAAACAGCUUUGUCGCCCGGAAAACAAGCCCCACGACUCGGCAAAGCAACCUGAGCAGUACCCGCUGAACCCCAGCAAAACUCUGGCUCCUGCUCCCAAUGAGUACAAGGCAAGCGGUGGAGUUGAAAUGGAGGUGCAAGUAUGAGACCAUGAACAUUUUCAAAACGUUUUGCAAGCUGGGUGGUUUUAAGUUCUUGUGCCACUGGAUGAGACAUCUCUCAACUUGUCUCCAUUUAUUACUUAGUGGUUAUUGCAUUUAAAUAGAUAAGGUUAAUGUAAAUCAUUUUCAUUUGUCAGUCAGCCAACAAGCAGGCGGGAAUAUUUUCCUUCGCUAGUUGCGAGCACCGCGGUGCUGCUCUAAAGUUCUCAUAAGAACCUAUAAGAAAACUGUACCAAAAUUAAAGCACUAUGAUUAUGUUCUAACAGGAAUAUGUCCCGCAACAUGUGUGCCUGUGUAAGCUCUUGUUGGACCUGUGCAAACUCUAGUAGACUUAAUUUGGCAGGAAAAACACUAUAUUUUGCCUGUUUUAUUGCAGUUUAGGAAAUAAAAAGAAAAUACGGUGUCUCCUUCCAUUUCACUUGACAAUUAACAAAAUCCCUGUGAGAACAUGCUCAACUCCUCAACGACUGUUUUGUUUAUCCAGUGUGUCGUCACUGCCAAUUUUCGCUGUGAGGGUGCAACAAUUUGCACAUUUUGCAGUGACCACAUCAGCUGAUUGGAAUUUUAAUCCCUUAAUACACAUGUUUUAAGGAGUAGUUGUUUUCAUCAAUGAAUUCGGACUUUUGGUACCAAAAACGUUGUUAAAACAAGAUUUGAAUGUAGCUUGUUGUAUGAGAAUCACUCAAACGUACAUCUUUUGAUUAUGAUCAUAAAUCCAACCUGUCAAUUCUCCACAUAUCUGCCUUUUAAAAAAUGUUUACUGACUGAAAAGUGUCAAUUUCUCUUGCUACCCUCAGCAAUACAACUCAUCUAAUGAUACUGGGUUUUUCUUAAAACAUGCUUCUAUUUUGUUAUUUUAACAUUUACAUUGUCUUUUGUUUGUUUGCUUGUCCACUCUAUGUAAAUUAUUGUUACGAUCAUUGUGUUAGAAACACGUUAUAUUCACGUUAUAUAAAUAUACGUACAAUACAUGUUAUUAUCAUCUGUUUACACCUGCUGAGUUUUAAGAAUACUAAAAUCAUUAAAACCAUGCUGUGCACACAAUAAAACAAAAAAAAAGUUGUGGAGUAAGAGGAUUUGGACUGUUGCGCUGCAGUUGAAACACUUAGGCCAAUCAUUUGAUAUUUAGUCCAUAAAAAUGUCUUAAAUGCUGAAAAAUAAAUACAGUUAAUUGCAAGAUUA